AUGCAGCUAGACGCGAUUGAAGACGCAGAAUCUGGCAGCUCCAGCGACGAUGACUAUCUGCUGGAGCUGGCCGACGUGACAGAGUUCGAGGGCGUGCUGCCCAAGGACCACUACAGCUCGCCGUUCUACGUUGACGUUCCGGUGCCGCAGUCGCUCGGAGACCAUCGGCACCUGGGCGACGACACGCAGUCGUAUGUGCGCGAGUACCCGACGUCGAUCCUGGCAGAUCGGUUUGACAAGUGGCGGAAGCUGCUGAAGUCGCUGGUUGCAUAUCUCCGCGAGGUGGCAGCCGCGCAGGAGCAGCACGCGCGGAUCAAUGCACACCUGAAGUCCGCGGUGAAGUUCAGCUUCCUGGCCGACCUUGAGGAGGGCACCAAUAAAGUAGUCGAGCAGUUGAAGCGGCCCAGUAGCCCCUCACAAAGCGGCGCUGAGAGCGCGCAGGACAGCUACUUCCAGGUGCAGGAGGGGUGCAGUAAUGGGUUUUUGAGAUAUGGCUCGGGGUCGAUCCAGGACUUGCAAGUGUCGCUGAAAAAGUACCACAUGACUGUUUCCAACCAGCAACUCAAGGCUUCGCGCGAGCUGAACAAUGUCGUCAUUCCCAAGUUGGAAGAACUGCGCAGGAACCUCAGUUCGAAGAUCAAGGAAAUCAAAGAGCUGUCGAAUGACUUCAAGACCAACAUUCAUGAACAGGUAGCGCUGACGGGCCAGCUGCUGCAGAAGUACAUCGCUUCCGUUGACUUGCUUUCCACGGCGGAGGACAGCACGUCGAGUAAGAGCACCGGCCAACGGCUAAAGCCCAAGCAUGACCCCUACCUUUUGAAGUUGCAGCUGGACUUACAACUAAAGAGGCAACUGUUGGAGGAAAACUACUUGCAAGAGGCCUACAUUAACUUGCAAACCUCCGGUAUGGAACUCGAGAAGAUAGUCUACGGUCAGAUACAAACGGCACUUCAAAAGUUUGCUCACUAUAUGGACAUUGAGUCUUGCGCCGCGAUUAACGGAAUCUGCCAGGAACUGCGCCGUGGUAUCCUGUCCAAGCCGACCACCAUAGAGUGGGAUGAUUUUGUUGGCCUCCAUCCAACCUGUCUCUUGAACUGGAAGUCUUCUGAUCCGGUCCCCCCACCCAGGAGACUCUCUGACAUCCGGUAUCCGAAGAUGAAAUCGCCGAUGGCUAAAUGCAUCAGAGCAGGCUACUUAAUGAAGAAAUCGAAGUUGCUGAAGAAUUAUAACAAGGGCUAUUUUGUGCUGACUAGCAAUUAUCUACAUGAGUUCAAGUCAAGUGACUUCUUCAAAAUGGCGAACAACGGCGAGAAACCAUCAUUGAAGAAGAUCAACUUCGACCCUCUGGGUAGCAUUCCGCUGAACGAAUCUACAGUCACCGAAGCACUCCCACAAAAGUUUGUCUUGUGUAGCACAUGGGCUGGUAUCGAUUCUCAGGAAGCUGGUCUGAGCGCAACUUCGUCAGGCACCAGUUUUACAUCGAUGCAAGGGAGCAGGUCCUCUGUUUCCCUAGGUAAAUUGUUGAAAGGCGCAGCGAAGCCUGGCAAAGCUUUGACCUCAGCAAAAGCAUCAACAUCCGAGAUCACAAAGGGCCAUGUCUGGACUUUCAAGCCUAGUACCACCCAGUCUGAGAAGGAUUUCAAGAAAUGGUGCGGCGAGUUGAGGCAAUUGGCGGGCUUCAACUCGACCCUAGAGCGUUGUCGGUACAUCGAGGAGAAGAUCGUGAAGGCACAUUCGCGGGCCUCCUCCAAGGCAAGUCAGAGCAGCAUUGGCACGCCUCCAGAGGGUCCAGGCAGGGCGCAGAAACCACAAUUUAUUGAUAUCAAGGGAUUGAGCCCCAUUGGCUACAAUAUCGCCUCGCCCAUUAAUACGCCUGCUUUUGACGAUAAUGGCAAUUUAAUCAUGGCCGGCGACCGAAACAUGUCCCUUCUCACGCCUAGCGGGCUCUCGUUCCAAGGAGCACCAAGUUUAACGAAUACCAUAUCUUCGGAUGGCACAAGUUUGCAGUCUCGGAGCCCUACGCCAGUUGAUACAGCAGCAACAUUCACGGAGGGGAAUCUGAACGCUGUCCAACCUGGCGUCGGCCAAUCCGGCGGUGGUGGCUCCAUCUCCUCCCCAAGGAGUACGGAAUCCAUCAAUAACAGCGGUGGUUACUUUGCUAUCCCCGUAAAUCGCUCCCAACCGCAGCGUGAUAGUGUGCCGUCUUCCCAAAGCAGAGCAGACAGGGCUCCGCCAUCGGGCAGCGUACCCUUACUCCGCGUCACUAGCCAGUCGGGAAAUGUGGAGCAGCCAGGAAGGCCGAGUCUCUAUAAGCAGACUAGCAGUCCCUCUUUAACGUCAAUCAAAAGCAGACAGACACAGUUAGUACUGAAGCACAAGCGGAAUCUGUCCUUCCAGUCCCUGGCCGAGAUGGUAUCAAAGUAG